AGUAGUGAAACGGUUUUUAGCUCGUGUAAAAACACUUCUUUAGACGAUAAAAAGUGUAGAAAGUGCGCAAAAAUGUUGAAAACUGGAAUCACAUGCAGGGAAUGCAACAAUUCGUUUCAUUUUCGAUGUGCUAAAAUUGACUCAUCAGUGAAAGAAAACAACGAAUUUACGACAAGCUGGAACUGCAUUCAGUGCUGCCUUAAAAACUCAGGUAAAAUUACAAAUGCAAAAAGUUGUGACUGUAAGUGCGAAUUCUCAGCAUUUGUUGAAGAUUUAAUACGUGAAAUUCAGUGUUUAAAAGCUGAGGUUACAUCACUAAAUAAAAAGGUGAACGAAAUUGAUCGGCAGUGCCUGUUGAACGGUAGUAGGCCUAAAUCAAAAACAAAGGAAUGCUUUCCGACUAUUGUAACUCAAAACAGGUAUCAGAUUCUUGACGAAAUACCGAUGGCGGAAGUUGCAGCAUUAAAAUCCGUGCAAACUAAAAACAACCGUUCAAACUGUAAAAAAAUUGCCAGUGAUAAUUUCAAAAAACGCCAAGUCCCAAACUCAUGUAUUAAUGCUAACCUAGUGAGUGAACAUAAACAAAUAGUUCAAUGUAACGACAGUGAAGUCCGUGAAAGAAAUGACAGUGUAAUCCAUGAAAAUGUAUGCAAGAAACUAUUCCAAAACGGCAGUAGAAGCGAGAAGAACCAGAAGUACAAGAAGGGCCGAAUUCUUAUAUAUGGGGACAGUCAUGGUCGCGAAAUAGCUCAAAACAUCGUGAAUAUCCAAGACGAUUUUACAACUGUGGCUCACAUUCAACCUGGUGCACCUCUUUCUGCUGUGGUGAAGCCGUGUGUGCAAGAUAGUGAAUCUUUCUCAGCAAAUGAUUAUGUCGUUAUCAUCGGUGGUACAAAUGAUGUGGCUAAAAACCAAGCAAAUGACGCUAUCAGGCACAUGAAAAUAACACUCGUUUCAGAACAAAAAAAUUGCUGCCUUACUGAUGACAGUACAACAACUUCUGGCUGCACAAGCUGCAUCAGCCACACAACAACAACCAACCGACUGACCAGCCCAACAAGUGCCACUGACCAACAUACCAAUGUUCUGGCAAUUUAAUGACACAGUUCUGACCACAUUAUCAAGUCCAUCGUGUUCAAGAUCCGUACUGAGGAGAUCCCCGUGGAUGUGGAACAUGUCAAUUUUUUUUUGGUCUAAUUCUUAUGAAGACCUUUUUGGCUGAAAGCUUUCUUGCUGACAGUCUUUUUCUGCUUAUCAGGAUCUCCACUCUACACUGAUUUGGAAAGAAUGUGCUUCACAAAACAUGGAAUGCACUUAAACAAGAAAGACAAGUCCUAUUUAUGUGAAAAGCUUGGGGAGUUAAUGAAAACUAUUUCCAUAAACAGUGAGAUACAUGACCCAAUUCCACUGGAGGCAACAGAACAUCCAAUUCCACGCAAACAUUCAAACAGCAACUGGCCAUUGAAGAUAUUGAGGAUUUAGAUGCCACAGAAGAAACAGUUGCAAAUGGAGCAGCUUUGAUAACAAUGGCAGAAGAGGAAUCAAUGUCAGCAUCAACAGCUACUACAACAGCAGUAACAACAAGGAAUGCAAAACCAGUAGUAACAGAAGAUCCAGGAUGCAGUGAAGUGAACAUACGAAAACAGUGGUGAUGGAAGCAGUGUCAUUACCACAAACAGGGAAGGAAGCAACAGCUACAGCAGCAGCAGCAACAG